AUGACAGAUUCUUUUCAUCCUACCCAAAGCCCCGACACUGACAGAUGGAGACACUCAGUUGAAAAGGAAGAGGACCAUCAGUCGGAAGAGGAUGUGAUCACACAUGUCGCCGAUCCAUUUGGGGAUGAAGAACAUGCGGAAACGAAAUAUCGCACGUUGACAUGGUGGCAGUGCGGCAUGAUUAUGAUCGCAGAAACCAUCUCACUAGGUAUUCUGUCCCUUCCGUCAGCUGUUGCAGUACUAGGCCUUGUCCCUGCAAUCAUUCUCAUCGUCGGGCUUGGUAUACUAGCAACCUACACUGGAUAUGUGAUCGGCCAAUUCAAACUCCGAUACCCGCAAGUACAUAGUAUGGGCGAUGCGGGAGAGUUGCUGUUCCAUCCUCUCGGCCUAUCUCGCUUCGGUAGGGAGUUCAUGGGAACAGCUCAGCUGUUCUUUCUGAUCUUCGUCAUGGGCAGUCAUCUAUUGACUUUUAGUGUCAUGAUGGAUACUGUCACAGAUCAUGCUACCUGCUCGAUUGUAUUUGGAAUCGUUGGAUUGGUUGUCUCCUUCAUCUUUGCAUUGCCUCGCACUCUUCGCAAGGUCUCCUGGUUCUCUUUCGCUUCCUUUGCAAGUAUCAUCGCCGCGCUCUUGAUUACUAUGAUCGCUAUUGCUGUCCAGCGCCCGGGUGACGGCAAGGUAGAUGCGACUACAACAGUCAGCCUUUCGAAAGGGUUCCUGGCCGUGACAAAUAUUGUAUUCGCUUAUGCUGGCCAUGUGGCUUUCUUCGGCUUUAUUUCUGAGAUGAAGAUUCCAACCGAUUAUCCGAAGACCCUAUACCUACUCCAGCUCACCGAUACGAGUAUGUAUGUGGUAGCAGCUGUUGUUAUUUAUAUCUACGGUGGAAGGGAUGUCAAAUCACCCGCCCUAAGUUCGACAAGUCCAAUAACAGCAAAGCUUGCAUAUGGAAUUGCUAUUCCUACGAUUGUCAUAUCUGGUGUCAUCAACGGACAUGUCGCCGCAAAGUAUGUUUACGUCCGCCUGUUCCGGGGCACAGAUCACCUACACAGGCGCACAUUGUUCUCAAUCGGAUCCUGGAUUACGAUUACUCUUGUUUUAUGGGUGAUAGCGUGGAUUAUCUCCGAGGCAAUACCGGUGUUCAAUACUUUGCUAAGUCUAAUCACUUCCCUCUUUGCUAGCUGGUUUACAUAUGGCUUAAGCGGUAUAUUCUGGCUGUUUCUGAAUCGAGGCCAGUACGGAGCUACCUGGAAAAAGAUGGUUCUAACUGCUAUCAACUUGGUUAUUGUCGCCAUAGGUGCUUGCUUGUGUGGCAUGGGUCUCCUGCGGACUAUGCUCGACGAUGGCGACCCAUACGACGUGGCUGAUGCGUUAGAAAGCAACGCUGGCUCUAGAGAAAGAAAACCCGAGCCAUCCCCGGAUUCCACCAGCCUGCGCACCAUGCUCGACGAUGGCGACCCAUACGACGUGGCUGAUGCUCUAGAAAGCAACCGGGGCUCUACAGAAAGCAAACCAGAGAGAUCCCCAAAUGAGAAAGAAAACAUAAUAGUGGGCUGGGAUGGCCCAGAUGAUCCAGAAAUACCCUGGAAUUUCCCAAGAUGGCGAAAGUGGGUUAUCACCCUAAUGCUAGGAAUGAUGACUAUCUGCGUUACUUUCGGCUCUUCGGUCUUUAGUACAGCAACAAAACCAACAGCGAAAAAGUUCGGCGUCUCCUCAGAGGUUAUGGUGUUAGGUGUCAGUUUGUUCGUCCUAGGCUUUGCUUUUGGCCCUAUCAUCUUCGGUCCACUGUCUGAACUAUACGGUCGGAAGCGACCGAUGUUCCUUGGUAUGUUUGUUUUUGCUAUAUUCCAGAUCCCUGUCGCGGUAGCACAGAAUUUGCAGACCAUCUUUAUAUGUCGCUUUCUGGGUGGGAUAUUCGCUAGUGCGCCUCUUGCCAUUGUAUCCGGUAUCUUGGCCGAUAUGUUCGAGCCCGUUGAACGGGGCAUUGCAAUGGCCAUCUUUGCUGCGGCAACCUUCAUCGGCCCAGUAGCUGGCCCAGUCGUCGGCGGCUUCGUGACAACCUCCUACCUGGGCUGGCGCUGGACCGAGUACAUUACAGCUAUUUGGGCAUUUGCUAUCACCGGCAUCGGGAUCCUGGUCAUUCCCGAGACGUUCGAGGGGACGUUACUUAAAAAACGUGCUAGACGACUACGCGCCAAAACCCAGAACUGGGCUCUGCAUGCAAAGGCAGAAGAGAAGGUAGUUCGUCCUCGGGACAUCGCAGUACGGUAUCUCCUGCGUCCCUUUCAAAUGCUCAUACAAGAACCUAUUCUUCUGCUUGUUACUUUGUAUGUGGGUUUUAUCUAUGGGUUUUUGUAUACUUGUUUCGUGGCCUACCCGAUCUCGUUCCAAGAAGAGCGCGGCUGGAAUGAGGGCGUUGGGGCAUUGCCAUUCAUCGACGCAAUGGUCAUGCUCAACCAGAAGAACGGUUGA